GAAAGGGAAGCAAGCUUGAGAAAUGUUGAUGAUUAUCACAGAAUAUCUAGGCAAAUAUAAGCAAAACCCUGAUUGUAGUUAGUUUUCUAAUGUUUUUUUUUUCCCUUCUUCGUUUUGGGAUAGUGUUUUGUUUUCGUUCUGCCUUCGUUUCUUUUUCUCUUUUAUUUGAGCCAUUGCAGAUUAUGAUCUUGCUCCCCUGCUCAUUUUGCUUCUGUGGCUUUAUUUCCUAACAUUCUCUCGGACACAUUGAUUUUGUUUUGUGAGUUUUUGGAAAAGGUUUCCUGCAACGCAGGUUCUGUUAUGCUUCUGCCCUUCAGUCGUUUUGUUUUGUGCAGGCUCUCUAAUUGUAAUUCCUUGAACCCUUUCCGAGUUAUUAGUGAAAAAAAUUAACCAUCUUCUUGGGUUAGGAAAAUAGUUAUCAAGUCGAUUAACGAUGACUGAUCAUGAUUAUGAUCAUCCUUCGGAACCCGAAAGGGCUUUUAGAAGAAAAACCACCCCGGAUGACAGAUUGAGUGCCCUUCCUGAUGACAUUCUUCUUUAUAUUCUGUCAUUUUCCCGUACUACAGAUGCUGCAAGAACCUCAGUUCUGUCCACCCGGUGGAGAUACCUUUUUGUUCGGCUUCCUGAUGUUGAUCUUACUUUCUCUGGAGCAUAUAUGUGUAAUUUCAUGGAUAAGGGUCCUACAUUGUGCUGUCAUGCCAGAAAUAAGCGUGACAUGUUGCUCUGUAAGUCCAUAAAAUUUAUCAAUUUUGCCAAUCGAGUGAUUAUGCUACGAAAAGGGGCUCCUAUAAGAAAAUUUAAACUCCGUUUGGCGUCCGUUAUCCCAGGUAAUAGCGUGACAAUUGAUUCGUUGAUAUUUGCUGCACUUUCGUGUACACUCCAAGAAGUUGAUAUAUUUAUUUAUAGUGAUAAAAAUUGGAAAUUAGCUCGUGCUGGAUUAUUCUCUUGCAAAACGUUAGUAACUUUGAAAGUAAUCGGUGGUGAAGUGGAUUUGGUUCUGCCAGAUUCAGUUUAUUUACCAAAUCUUAAGGCACUGCACUUGCUUGAAUUGGCACCAGUAGAUGCUCAGUCCAUUACUAGGCUUAUCAACGCCUGUCCUUUGCUUGAAGAACUGGAGUUAGGUGUAGAAUCACACAAUUUGAGUAAAAGGCUUUUAACUAGAGCAGUCGAUUUAUCUAGUCCUUCACUGAAGAAACUGAUACUCAGUGGCCGCUUGGCUGGGUGUCCUUAUGUUAUUGAGUCAAAGAAUCUUGAGUAUUUGGAAUAUCGUGCCCGGCAAACGCAACAAAUUAGUCUAGAUGCCCCAAAUGUUAAGUAUUUGAUCUACAGUAGUCUUGACAGUAUAAACUUGAUUCAAAACUUGAAGUCUCUUGUUGAAGCCAAAAUCAGAGUUCACUGCUCCAGUUAUCCAACUGAAAGAGGCUUCUCAUUGAAUGAUUUGCAUGCUUUUGUUAAUGGACUGGAAAGUGUGAAGUCACUCUAUCUAUAUCAUUCUAGUCUGCAGGCUCUCUACCUUUGUCGUGAGUUGCUGCCGACUUUCAAAAAUUUGACUGAUCUGUCUCUUGAUCCUUCCAAUGAUUUGUUUCUUACGAAUUAUGAUCAUACCUGUUUAUGGAAAGUGUUACCUAGCUUACUGAAAAACGCCCCUAAUCUUGAAGUUCUGAUCUUUGAUCAAGUGUUUAGGAACAGCUUUAGUGCAUCUGAGAAAUUUGAGUGUGUUCUGCCAGAGGCUAUUCCAAUAUGCUCCGUUCACCAUCUUAAGGAGAUGGAAAUCAAAAAAUUCGACGGCGAGGAACAUGAAUUCGAGCUAGUACGGUACUUUUUGAAGAACGGGAUUUCUUUGACAAAGAUGACUCUUUGCGGAGUUGUGAAACCUUCAUCAGAAUGCCGCAGAAGGAUACUGUCAUUCUGGAAAUGCUCUGAGGAUUGCCAAAUUUUGUUCAAAGAACUCGAUUCAAACAGGAUUUGACGAUUGCCAAUAUGAUAGGGUGAUCAUCUCUUGUUAGUUUUGCAUCUAAAUGUCUAAUCAUAUGUUUUGACGCCAUUGUUGAAGCUAUUGGGAUGAAUUGAUUCUUUCUGAAGUUGAUCAUUCAAUUGCAGAAUUUGAAUUUUUUUUACUAGUGUACAGGAGAAAGAUAUUUGCACCUAUCGUUUUUUCUUUCCUUUUUGAUUUAGCAUUGGUAUGACAUUAGAAGAAAAAUGUCCGAAUGAUCAUAUUUUGAA